GAAACGCAGCGAGCACUUUCUAGCCGUGGAAAUGGCGCUUCGAGGUGUAGACGCCUGAAGUCAGAGGGAGCAUCGCAUGCUGGUUAAGUCAGUUGAAGCGCACAUAGGCUCUACGCAUGAGUUGUACUUUCAAAAGGAGCGGAUUAUGACAGAGGAGAGAAGGGAUCGGGAGAUUCGACACGGACAACAAAACAUUUGUGGCUCUGAUAAAGCCGCCAACAGCAGUCAGUGAACAAUGCAUGACCUGACUGCCCAAGUGACCAGCAGCCUGCUGCCUUUCCCAGGAGUGACUGUAGAUGCUCUGGGAGAGGAUGAGAUCACCUUAGACUCUGUGCUACAUGGGAAGUUCACUGUUGGCCGCAGUGGGCUGGCCUGGCUGGCCUGUGGCCCCCAUCUGGAGGUUGUCCAUGCGGUGACAGGAGAGCGGCUGUCUGCGUACUGCUUCAGCGGUGGAGGCGAGCACCCACCCAGUGUCCUCGCUGCCAGGGACUUCAGCUGGCUCAAACGGUCUGGAUUGCUGGUUGGCAUUGAGGAAACAGAGGGCAGCGUGCUCUGUCUUUAUGACUUGGGACUGUCAAGGGUGGUCAAAGCUGUGGUUAUACCAGGCAGGAUCACAGCUAUUGAGCCGUUAGUGAGUUACGGCGGAGCAAGCACUUCAACCCAGCAUCUUCAUCAGAGUCUGCGCUGGUUUUUUGGCAUUGCCGCCGUAGUAACAGAUCUUGGUCAUGUUCUGCUUGUGGACCUCUGUCUCGACGACCUGUCCUGCAGUCAAAGUGAACUGGAGGCUUCAGACCUGCAGGUAGUGACCAAAUCUCCUGCAGAGAUUCCCAGGCUCAGAGAAGUCAGCACCAGACAGGGCAGACAUCUUUGUCUCCAGCUAAACGGGCCCAGUGGAGUUGGAGCCACAGCUCUGCAGUACAUCUCCAGGACCAACCAGCUGGCAGUGGGGUUUUCUGAUGGAUACUUACAGCUGUGGAACAUGAAGGCUCUAAAGAAGGAAUACCACUCCCAGUUAGAGGGUGGCAGGGUGCCGGUGCAUGCCUUCACCUUCCAGGAGCCAGAAAAUGAUCCCAGGAACUGUUGCUACCUCUGGGCUGUCCAGUCAUCUCAGGAACUUGAGGGAGAUAUGGUCAGCCUCCAUCUGCUUCAGCUCGCCUUCAGUGAAAGGAAGUGUUUAGCUUCUGGGAAGAUCCUCUAUGAGGGUCUGGAGUACUGUGAGGAACGUUACAGUCAGGAGUUAAGUGGCACAGCUUUCCCUCUCAGGGCCCAGGCCACCAACACCCGCCUUCUGAGCUGCCAUACCAUCGAGAAGUUCAGACCCCAUCCCGACAGGGAUGACAGCAUGAACGAAGUUGCAUCUCCAGACACCAGUGUGUCUAUCUUCAGCUGGCAAGUGAAGGCCUAUGGUCAGGGUACUCCAUCUACAUACAUUGGAGUUUUUGACAUCAACCGUUGGUACCACGCACAAAUGCCAGACUCUUUAAGAAUGGGGGAGUCGCUGCAGAAUUGUCCCUACCUGGCAGUUUGGUCUCUGGACCCAGUGGUGCAGAUGGUGUCUGCGCACGUCCUCCUGGAUGUGGUGGUGCACGACCGCAGCCUGAGCAGGGGCCUGCCCUUCACCUGCCCCCCACCAGAACAGUACUUUAACCCCACCACAUAUAACUUUGAUUCUACCUGCUUGCUCAACUCUGGAAUCGUGCACUUAACCUGCUCUGGGUAUCAAAAAGAGACUCUGAGCUUUUUGAAGAAAGCUGCUCCUUGUUCCAGUGACAUCAUCUCCACUAGCUACUCUCGCUGCCUCAUGUCUGGCCUACUCUCAUCUCGCCUGGCUGACACCCAGGCCUCCAGCCUCUCUCAGGAGGAGCAGCUGGAUGCCAUCUUGUCUACAGCGGUGGAGACCAGCUCCUUGGGAAUGAUCACUGGCUGUAUCAAGCAGUGGACUGCAGAAGAACAGCCAGGCUCUGCACUGAACCUGCGAUACAUCCUGGAUUGGGCCUGGAACAAAGUAGUCCAGACCAAGGAGGAACUGGAUGGCAUCUGUGCACCGCUGUUUGACAGCUCAUCCAACUUCACAGACCCUCAGACCAUGCAGCUGCUACAGCACAGUCAGAGACUGCUCGGUAACCUCAGUAGCAUCUUCCACUGUCUGCUCAGUGAAGCUCAGGAGCUCACACAAAAAGGUCUGGUGGGUCUGAUUAACAAGAACAUGGUGUCCAGUCUGGUUUGCAAGUACGCCCAGGUGGUGCUCUGGUUCUGUCGUACCGGUCUACUGCCUGAAGGAUCAGACGCUGACGCUCUCCAGAUCUCCAGGCCUUUCUACAGUCACUCAGUCAUCAGCAACUAUUAUACUAUACGCAGAGAAGAGCUCACCAGGCUGGCUAAGGGCAAGUGGUGCGCAGACUGCCUGAUGAUUGACGGCUUGGUUGGCCAGUGUGGCGAACGCUUGACAGACCUGUGGAAAAGGGAUGAGGGUGGGACAGGGCAAUACCCUCCACCUACACUGCAUGCCUUGUUGGACAUUUAUCUGCUGGACAGCAUUGAUGAAGCUGCCAAACAUGCAAUUGUGAUUUACCUGUUGCUGGACGUCAUGUACUCGUUCCCCAAUAAGGAGGGAGCAUCAGUGGAAUCUUUCCCUACAGCUUUUGCCAUUCCUAUUGGACUGGUGAAACUAGUACAAGGCCUCUGGCUACUGGACCAUCAUGACCACCAGAGUUCAUUUGAGCUCCUGCUGCAUCCAGCUGCCUCUCAGUGUCAGUUUGAGUGGCAGCACGAGCGUGUCCUGCAAGCCCUGAUGUGCCAGGGUCAACACUCAGUGGCUCUACGAUACUUCCAUGUUACAAAACCCCCAAUUUCAUCCACCUCCCAGGCCAAACUCUGCCUGUCUGUACUGCUAUGCAACAGGUGUCUUAUAGAGUCGUGGUCCUUACUUCGGCAACACUCUAAUCGCCUCAACAUGAGUGAGCUGCUGGGCUUCCUGUACGAGAGCUGCCAGGAGCUGGGCCUCAUGAAGGAGCUGCUCAAACUGCCCCUGGGCAUCACUGAACAGGAGUGUUUGGAGAAGUUUCUCCAGGGUACAGGGGGUCUCCAGAACAGAGAACUGUUGAUGGUUCAUUACCUUCAGCAGGCCAACUACAUUCCUGCCCUGCAGCUUAACCACAGUCUCAAAAUGAACCUGGUGAAUGAGCGAGACCCAAAGCUUAAAGAACGAUCCAACACCAGAAACUCUAUACUAGAUCAGUAUGGCAAAGUUUUGCCCAGAGUCCAGAGGAAACUGGCGAUGGAGAGAUCCAAGCCUUACCAGCAUACAUAUGCCAUCCACAGAGAAGUUUCUCGGCCACAGCCGCUGUCCACCAUCACUAAGCGCUCUGCCAGUGAGAAGGUGAUGUCGAGGGCUGGCUUCAUCAACAAUGUCCUGACCAAGAUAGAAGAGGUGUGGUUAGGCAAAGGAGCUACACCACAGUCCUCCCCAGCCAAGAGCCCCAGGGCAGCUGCUGUUCAGAGCCCCAAGUGCUCCUCCAUGGCCCUUCCUGACCCCUUCCUGGGAACUCCUAUCACCAUGACUUCCAAACGAAAGUCAAGGCUGAUUGACUUGGUGGUUCACCCCUCGUGUCAGACCCCUCGCCCUCUUCUCAGCCCUCCCAGACCUCCCAGCUCCUGGGUUUCUCCAAAGAGCACCAGCAAGGCCCCUGAACUCAGUUUGCUGCAAACACCACAGGUGGUCAAGCGAGCUCGGGCCUUGGCUGCUUCUGGCCCUGUGUUCUCAGCCUUCACUCCCCAGUCCAUCCUGCGCAGCAGCCUGAGGCCCACACCUGUCGCCACUCCUUCUGCUUCUCCAGGACGCUCCAUCACCCCACCGCUCCGCAGCAAAGAGACCCGGAUCACCUUCAAUGAAGAGGCAGAAUCUCCUGAACCAGUGAAGGGCAUCCGAUGGACCAAUGGGAUGGCAGCAGACAGUGAGAUUAGCUUGCUGACCAGAGGCCCCACGCUAUCCAAGGCUACACGUAAGACCUGGUCCUCACAGCUCGCUGAGGAGGAAGAGGAUGGAGGAGAACAACCUCGUGUAAAGUUCUCUCCUCCAGAAGGUGGUAUUCCCUCACCACAGCUGAGAUGCUUUGAGAGCGAGUCAUCCUCCCUCCAUGAAGUCGCUGCAGAAAGAAGACCAUCAGAUGCAACGCAAGCACAACUCAACCUGAGCUUUGACACCAGCCAGGUGUCUGUCCGUUCAACAGACACCACUCUGGAGUACUAUGAUGCACCUCUCUCAGAGGAGCAGGAAGCAGUAGAGGGACAUACAGCUACAGUGAAAGAUGAGGAGGAAGUGACGGUGAACGUAAAAGGCCUAACUGAAAAGGAAGAAGCAGAAGAAGCUCUCCUGGCAUCAGAGGAUCUAGAGCGGAAUGAAGAAGGGGUGAAGGAUGAUGAAAUAUUUGAGGAAGUGAUGGAGACAUCUCUUGAACAGGAGGCUAAAAAAGAGCAGGAUGUUGAGUCUAGUGGCGAACAAGAAGAUGCUGCAAUUCUCGACCAAGAGGAGACGUCUAGCCACAACCAAUUUUGUAACCAGGUAACUGAGAGCACAGAGUCUGGAACUGAGGUCAGAUAUCAGGAUCAACCAGCAACAGCCGCAGGACAGGACGUCCAGUCAGAGGCCACUGAACCCACUGAGUUCAUUGAGAAUCUGAAACCAUCUGGAGCCACUGAACCCACAAUUGAACCAGAGGAGGAGCUGGAGCAAGCAACAGAUCUGACAGAGUUUGUGCAGAGACAUCUGUUUGGCAGUGAUCUGUCUCCUCCACUCACCCGCUCAGGAAUCCACAAUGCAUCACAGACAUCCUUCAGCAGUGAGCCACAAUAUGAGGUUGAAGAGGAGAAGCAGGCAGCUGCUGAAGCUCCCCCAGUGUCCAUCAGCCAAAAAUCUACUGUCUCUGUGACUUCCUCCGAGCCAACUGGCACCGACUCCCACUCUGUUGUGAGCCUAAACGACAGUGAAGAGCUUUCUAGCCCCAUGUCUGAGGAGGAAGAAGAGGAGGAGGAGUCUGAUCAAGCUGAGGAGGAGGAAGAGGAGGAAGAAGAGGAGGAGGAGUCUGAUCAAGCUGAAGAGGAGGAGGAGGACUCUGGUAGUGAGGUGGAGAUCAUUGAGGAGGUCCAGGGUAAUGGGAGGCUGCCACCCCUUCGACCCAAUUCAGUCUUUGUACAACAGGGACACACGCACUUCCUGCCAAGUCUGUCAGAGCAGCAGGCUGCUGAGUUCUCUCUGAUCACACCUGGUACAGAGAUGAAGAUUGUAGAGGAGGACAUGGAGGGUGAGGUGGUGAUGGUGAGACUCGGGGCAGAUGAAGGCGUGAUGGAGGCAGAUGAGGUUGAAGAGCAAGGAUCAUACAUGGAGCUUAAACCCUCUACCACUCUCCUCGUACCCCUGGAGCUCAUGGAGGGGCAGGACGGCCUGGUGGACCCUUGUCAGCUGGGUCUUCCUGAGCUUCAGCAAAUGGUCGUGCCAGGUGACCCGAGGUCUGAAUCUCAAAGCGGCUUCUCUCUGAUGCUGGAUAUGGACGAGGAUGUGGAAAAAGAGGCUGACACUCUGCCUAUAGAGAAUGAUCUGCAAUUCUCUGACCCUCCCACCCUAUCUCCAGCAGUGGAUGAACCUUUAGAGGCUAGUGAUGAACAUGUGGCCGAACCUGAGGUCAUUCUUUUGGGCGCAGACGAUCAGGAUCCUCCCGUGUCUGGGGAAACCUCUGAAGAGGACCAGAGGAAAGAGAUGGACAUGUUGGAUGGAGUUGAUGUAGGUGGACCAACAGCGUCAGAACAUGUACAGCUCGCUGACCUACAGACUGAAAACGCUGACCCAAACCAUGAGACACAGGUUGCUAAAGAAGACAGGGAAGCAGAGUUAGUAAUGUUGGCUGAAGAUCUUGAAUCUGCAGGUCUUUCAGUCUCUGAGUCAACUCCAUCUGGAGUUCUCCCAGCAGUUUUGGAUGACUCUAUGGCAGAGAAAGAUGCUGCUGAGGAGGAGAUGGAAGAGGAGGACAAACUGCACGCUACACCAACACCUGCUGAGGACCGCGACGGUCCAGUACCUGCUGAGGACCACGACACCUCUACGCCUGCUGAGGACCAGGAUAAACCAACACCUGCUGAGGACCAGGAUAAACCAACACCUGCUGAGGACCAGGAAGAGCCAGAAGAGAAUGGGCCUGUUAAUAUGGACACAGAAAUGGCCCCCAGUGCAGAGGCGGUUAUUGUCCUGGAGGAGAGGCAGCAGGACCACAAAGCCUCAGCAGAGACAGAAGAGGAUGAUGGGCAAGAAAUUAAGAUGGAGAAAGAAAUUAAAAAAAGUACCAAGGGAAGACCAAGAAAACAUAAAGAUGUUGAAGAGAAACCUGUAUCAAAUAACCAGGCAGAGGAACCGCCUUUGCCAGAGACCCCAACUUCUCAAAGGAAAAAGAAAGCUCCCUCCACCCCAACACGGAGGACCACAAGAGGUAGGACAGUUACCUUUAUCUCUCCCCUUCCGGAGGAAGCAGAGGAGGAUGGGAAAGUAGAGGAGGCAGGAACAAGCACUCUUGUCCCCACCUCACCUAGUCGUACACCAAGAAAAACUAAACAGAACAAAGAAAUCAAAGUCCGAGUGAGCACACCUCGAAGGAGUACUCGCAAUGCUCAGCCGGAGCGUCCUCAAGAUGAGAUUGAAGAGGUGGAGGCCAUUGAUAAUGACACUGCAGUUACAUCAACCAAGGCCUCUUCUCCAGCCAGACGGCGGGUUUCCCAGAGGACCGCUUCAACAAGGAUCAGCCAGAAAUCCCAAAGUAAUAGUGAGGAGGUGUCUGCAGCCGCAGAGGUUGAUAUCAAAGAAGAUGAGGUCACAGAUACAAAGGUUUCUCAACAGACAAGCUCCAGGACUUCCACACCGGCCAAACGCAGGGCCACUCAGGGAAACACUCCGAGGAGGUCCAGCAGGAGGACCCUGAGUAGCUGUGAGGUGGUAUCAACACCGUUAGAGAUGUUGAAAGAAGAGAAGGAGGAGGCCUUUGCAUCCCCUCACAAAUGCAACUCCAGGAAAACUAAAACGGGAUCGUCAGAGCUGGCUCCGCUGGGAGAGGAAGAGGAGAACAAAAAACUUUCCAGCCCCGGCAGGACCACUCGACAGUCCAACCAGAUUACCCUAAACAUUUAUCCACAAGUGAAACUGGUUCCUGUAUCACUUCCUCAGAAUGCAAGGAAGACGAGAGGAGAGACCAUUAGUGAAAAUGUUACAGAAGGUGAAUCUCUACUCGAGCCUCAACUUAACAGCAAUGCUGGUCGCACCAACUCCCUUCGACCAACUAGAAACAAACUUUGGGAUUACCCUGAGGAAGACCUUCCCUUAUUGGACUCGCCGUUGGAGGUGAAUUCUGAAACCCCUGUCGCAGAUGCCCUCAUCAAGAGGCUUCAGGAUGAGGAAGAGAAGCAGGAAGGAGGAGUAGUCGUCACCAAGAUGGUAAGAACCGGCAAGACGAGCACAAAGUCUUCAGUGAAGCAGGUUAACUCGCUACUUCCUGUGAAUGAUGGCCUGGUCACCGAACCCGAUGAGUCUAAUCCAGGCGAGCACUCGUUCAUCUACUCCCCCUCGCGAAGAAGAACAAGAGCUCAUAGAGCAGAGGCUCCUGGGCCAAGUGAAGAGUCUGCGGUGCCCGUCACUCGCAGUAGGAGAAAAGUUGCCUCUGUUGCUCCUCAUGAUGAAAUUGCCUCAGAAGAAGAUCACGUGGAAGUGGAGAAGGCAGCAGGUGUUUCUAAAUCCAGAAAAACAGGCAAACGAACAGCCAAAUCCAAAGUCGUUUUGGAGCCGGCUCCUGUAGCAGAGGUGGAGCUGAUCUCGCCCCUGCCCAGCCCAGCUGAUCCACUCCCACGAGCACAGAAGAGGGUUAAGGAGGGAGAGGCCCCAACCUCGAGCAUGAACCUUCGACGCAAACGCAUAAUGGACACCGUUUUCACAAAACCUGUCACGCGGAGGAAGAAACUCUAAGGAGGUCGGUGGUUUGAACGAGUGAACCUCAGACAGCCACCAGAAGAUCUGAACCGACUCGGCCCGAAGCUGUCAAAUAAACGUGUAUGCCUAAACUUAUGAUGGUUCUAUUUCCUCAAAUGCCUCACAGUGCUGCUGUGGUCUUUGUACAUUGACUUCCCUGUAGGACAAUAAAAUACAAGCAGUGUGGGCAUGAAAAUAUAUUUUUGGGACAAAACACACUGGUGGGUAGCAGUGUGAGAGGGGACUAUAUUUUUAGAGUUUACAUGUCCUGCUCGUACUAACGUGGUUUCACUUGAUAUUGUAUCUGUGGCCAUUUUGUGUUGGACAUUUUGCGGCGCUCCUCGUAAUCAUCUUAAUUCUCUGGGCACAGAAUGACACAAGGGAACGCAAUCAGUGUGGGCUUCUAGAAACUCCCGUUAAUAAAACCAGAGAGACUGAAUUGAACCUGCCUCUGAUAAAUAGGUUUUAUUUACAUUCUCUUUUAUUUUAAGGUUGUUGUUUGUUUGUUUUUUUGUUUUCUUUUAUUUUUAAGAUUACGAGGCCUGCUGUCUUUUCUAUUUAAGCAGAAAAGCAACCAACCCAGUGGAGAUCAAAUAUUUCUACUGAUACAUUUGUAUAUAGUCUUUUGCUAUGUUCCAAAUAAAGUUAAUAAAUAAAUCUUAAAGAAUUAUGUUCAUUUUGAAGUUUAAGUGUCUGGAAUGCAUUUGAUCAUCUAAUCAGACUGCCUAUGUCAUAGUCUUAAAGUUUCAGUCCAUUAGGGAGAUUUUCUGUGACACAGACUUGUGUACUAUUGUCAUCAGAUUUGGACUGUGUGUGUGUGUCAUGGGGAUGUUGUAUAGUGUGAAAGAAACAAAGACUUGCACAGCGGUUUGGUGGUGUUUAAAACUGUUUGGGGAAAUGUUAAUAGGCUUGUUUAAUUAAAUUUAUGGCAACCACCAUCUGACACAUAGGCUAUUUUCUGAUGAAUGUAUGUAGAAUGUCUUUAUUUUUGAUGACUGCUCUUUGAUAAAUAUGGUAAAGCUUGAAUACUAAUCUA